GUACUGUUCCGGAGCAAGUUUGUGUGUGUGUGUGUGUUUUUUUAAGGGACGGACAGUGACACACCCGACCCUGUGUAAAUCCACACCGGUGGUUAUUUUUUUGAAACGACACCGGUGGUUAUCAAUGAACACGAGGUUGCCCGUGCCGCCGGCGGAGAAAAAGGCAGCGCCCAGGGGCCAGGCGCACAAAUCGUGCGAGAGCAAACGUUGAAUAAAUCGACUGCGACUUGUAUCAACAAAUUUAUUUUGCGGGAAGACUUGUAUCAUAUUCAGACGAUUGUCAAACAACAAAUCCAAUACAGUGGCACCCACUUGCCAGCCAAGGGAUCUCUCUGUUGAUUAUUUCCAGUCCUAAAAUUCAGGAGGAAAAUUUUGACGAAAUUUAGUGCGAAAUAGAUGUGCGUCAGCAUCACGUUGCAGUCACGUACUCACACCCACUUGCCAACCAAGCCGCCAUGGCGCGCAGGUCGCUCUCCUAUCAUGGUGUCCAUCUUUCCCUGCUAGCUAGGUACAGUACAAAUGGCAGGUUCCUUGCAGCCAACAGUAACCCAGGCUAAACUAAACUUUAUGCAACAUCAAGUAUUAAGUACGCCUAAUCCUUGUGUUGCUUGUGACUUGCGUACAAGUGCGGCGGUCAAAGUUGAGGUGACCACGCGACAAGCGUGCAGCGCGAGGGCACCAUGCUUCCUACUCGCAAGUUUGUUGUUGCUGCUGCUCGCCCAGCUGCUUGUGGCAGUGGCCGGCGUCGAGUUCGCCUACGAGGGCUUCCCCGCCGCCGGGCUGGCGCUCGACGGCAUAGCAAGCGUCACGCCGGAUGGGCUGCUGCUGCUCACCAACGACACCGACUUGAACCUAGCCCACGCCUUCCACCCGGCCCCGCUCAGGUUCCACCGGACGUCCUCCUUCUCGACCACUUUCGUGUUCGCCAUCGUGUCGGAGCUCGCCGACCUGAGCACGAGCGGGUUCGCGUUCCUCGUCGCGCCGACCAGCAGGGACCUGUCUUCGGCGAUGGCGGCGCAGUACCUCGGACUGUUCAACGGCAGCGACAACGGCGACGCGCGGAACCGCGUCUUCGCCGUCGAGCUUGACACGGUGCGCAACCCGGAGUUCGCGGACAUGAACGACAACCACGUCGGCGUCGACGUCAACAGCCUCAACUCCUCGGCGGCUGCCAUGGCAGGCUACUACGACGACGCCACCGGCGCGUUCCGGAACUUGAGCCUGGCAAGCCGGGAGCCCAUGCAGGUGUGGGUGGACUACGACGCUGCGGCGACGGAGAUCACCGUGGCCUUGGCCCCAGCGCGGUCGCCCCGGCCCAGGAGGCCGCUCCUGACCACAAGGAUCGACCUCUCGAUGGUCGUCGCCGACACGGCGCACGUCGGCUUCUCGUCGGGGUCCAGCAUCGUGCUGUGCAAGCACUACGUGCUCGGCUGGAGCUUCAGCCUGGACGGCCCCGCUCCAGCGCUCGACCACGCCAAGCUGCCGACGCUGCCCCGCAUUGGCCCCAAGCCCCAGUCGAAGACGCUCGCCGUCGCGCUGCCGAUCGUCACCACGGCAGCCGUCCUCGCCGCGGUCGGCAUCGGCCUCUUGUUGCUCCGCCGGCGGCUCAGGUACGCGGAGCUGCGCGAGGAUUGGGAGGUGGAGUUCGGGCCGCACCGGUUCGCGUUCAAGGACCUGUACUACGCCACCGCCGGGUUCAAGGACAAGCGGCUGCUGGGCACCGGAGGGUUCGGGAGCGUGUACAGGGGCGUGCUCCCGGGGUCCCGUACCGAGGUCGCCGUGAAGAGGGUGUCACACGAGUCGAGGCAGGGGUUGAGGGAGUUCAUCGCGGAGGUGGUAAGCAUCGGCCGGCUCCGGCACCGCAACCUCGUACAGCUGCUCGGCUAUUGCCGGCGCAGAGGGGAGCUCUUGCUGGUAUACGAUUACAUGCCACAUAGCAGCCUCGACAAACACCUGCACUGGCACGGCCCUGCUCUGGACUGGGCGCAGAGGCUCCGGAUCAUCAGAGGCGCUUCCGGGCUGCUGUACAUGCACGAGGACUGGGAGCAGGUCGUCAUCCACCGGGACAUCAAGGCGAGCAACGUGCUCCUGGACGGCGAGAUGAACGGGCGGCUCGGCGACUUCGGCCUGGCGAGACUGUACGACCAUGGCGCGGACCCGCAGACCACGCAUGUGGUGGGCACCAUGGGGUACCUGGCGCCGGAGCUGGUGCGCACUGGCAAGGCGACGACCCUCUCCGACGUGUUCGCCUUCGGGGCGUUCCUCCUGGAGGUCGCCUGCGGCCGGAGGCCCAUCGAGGAGGAGGAGGAGGAGGACGUCUACGGCGACGACGACCGCUUCGUGCUGGCGGACUGGGUGCUGGGGCACUGGCGGAAUGGCGCCAUCACCAUCACCCGCGCGGUGGACGCGAAGCUAGGCACAGGGUAUGACGCCGCCGAGGCGGACACUGUGCUGCGGCUGGGGCUGACGUGCCUCCACCCGUCGCCCGCGGCACGCCCGAGCAUGAAACAGGUGAUGCAGUACCUCGACGGCAGCGCGACGUUGCCGAAGCUUCCCCCGACGUACGUGACGGUCAACAUGCUUGCGGCCAUGGAGACACACCAGGGCGUCCUUGGCACGUGGGCGGUCUGGCGGUCGGCGUCCAGCGUCGCCACCAUGUCUGACAUUGGCCUCUCCGGCCGAUGACUGGGGCAAGGUGAUCAACACGUUACUAGGAAGAUUGAUCUGAUGAAUGUAUGUUUGGAAUUUGGAUCUGGACAUAUGAGAUUUCUAUAGUUUUAAUUAGGGCCUGUCUAUGUCACAUCUAGAUGUGAGAUAAUACCUUACAUCUAAUGUGACAUCAUCUUAGUUGAUUUUUUAGCACUUGUUUGUUGUUUUUCAUUUUUGUUGUUGUUCA